CAAGAUGGCGUCUGGAGAGACCGUGAAGAUGCCAAUGGAGAAGAAAGAACUCCGUAAGGGCCGCCCUUAUCAGGAUAAAAUGGUAGAGUAUGCAAUUAAAGAGAACACAAUAGUCUCCCUCGGGACUGGAGCAGGGAAGACGUUUGUAGCAGUAAUGCUGAUAAGAGAAAUGGCUCACUUUGCUGAAGGACAGUUCACAGAGUCUGAGGGACAGAGAAUUAUAUUUUUAGCACAUACAGUUCCUCUUGUCAAGCAGCAAGCAGAGUACAUACGUGAUAACACUAGCCUUAAAGUCUUUGAGUUUGUCGGAGACCCUAAAGGUAAUAUUGACAGCUGGCCUAAGGAGACUUGGUACAAUCACUUCAACGCUGCCAACGUCCUCGUCUUCAGUCGAACAAUCUUCUUAGAUCUACUCAUGAAAGGUUUCAUCAAGCCUCGUCAACUCUGUCUUAUUGUAUUUGAUGAGUGUCACCAUGCUACAAAGAAUGAUCCUUUUGUUCAAAUUAUGAAAGUGGUUAAAGAUGCUCCACCCGAGGAGAGACCACGUAUUCUGGGCCUCUCCGCAUCACUACUGGGACAAAAGGUUAAGCCCGGUGAUUUAAAGAAAGGAGUGAAGAAUUUGGAAGCAACCCUAAUGUCCACGGCCAGGACUGCCCCCGAUAUGGAGGAAGUCCUCAAAUUUGCUACUAACCCUGAUGAGAAGAUAGCUAGCUAUGAGAGUGCUCUUGAUGAGCCUGCCUCUCUUCUUAAAGAGAUCAUACACCCGCCACUCGUCUUCCUACAGACCAAAAUCCAAGAGAGGAAGGGAAAGCUCGAAGAGACUGCGAAGAACCUCCUCGACGACCUCCAUCACAUUUUAAUUGAUCUUGGCCCUGCCAGUGCUGCUGGUUUUGUUUCUGUGGCUAUUUUUGAGUUACGUAAAGCUAUAGAAUAUACUGAUACUAUUGACGAAUGGGAGAAACACAUUGCCUGGCUUGCAUUAGAAAAAUUAUAUAUAUUUGAAGCCUCUUGUCGCCAGUUUAAGACAAAGUACGGUAUACUACAGGACAGUAACAAAGUCAAAACUUUGCUGGAUGAGAUCAGAGACACUGUAUCAGCUAAUGGAGAGAUGAGUGACAGUCCUCCCAGCAAAGGAACAAAGGAAGAGGCCAAAGGUGAGGAAGAGAAGGAGGAAGAGGUGCAGAAGAAAGAUCAGAAGUCUUCUCCUCAAGCUAAGAGAGCCCUAAGAGGUAUUAUAUUUGCAGAGAGACGUCACACGGCUUUGUGCCUGUCCAAGCUAAUACAGGAAAAGAAGAAGACACAGCCGGACCUCAAGCAUGUUUCGUGUGAUUUUGUAGUCGGCCAUAGCCUUGGUCAGAGUGGAAAUGCCAUGAGGAAAGAAGCUCGUAUGAAGUCCUCAAGACAAGAACAAGUACUGGGCAAGUUUCGUAAGGGAACAGUGAAUCUCCUGGUGGCUACCAGCGUGAUUGAGGAGGGGGUGGACGUGCCAAGGUGUAAUCUUGUGAUUCGUUUUGAUCUUCCACAGAACUUUCGUUCGUAUGUUCAAUCCAAAGGACGAGCCAGGGACAAGCCGUCUAAAUUUGUACUACUCCUGAGUGACAUGGAGAAGAAUAAGUUGGGAGAGAUUAGGUGCUAUCAUCAGCUAGAGACUGAACUGAUUGAGCUCUGCCAGUCUGAUAGGGCUCUCCCCUCCGAGGAGGAGAUUCAGAAGAAGAUGGCCGACAUUAUUCCACCGUACAUGCCUAACGGAACUGAAGGAGCUAGAGUUAGCCUUGGAAACAGUCUAACUCUCCUCCACAGGUAUUGUGGUCGUCUUCCUCAAGAUGAGUACACAAAACUGUCUCCUCAUUUUGAAGUUAAGAAGAUACCAAAAGCUGGCGGGCGCACACUGUCAUUAAGUGAGCUAUCUCUUGAAGAGGAGGAUGAAGAUCCUAAUCAUAAUUAUAUUUGCUCGUUAUUUUUGCCAAUCAACUGUCCCUUGAGAUCAGAUAUCAUUAAAUCUCCUCCACUAGGCACUAAGCAACAGUCGCAAAGAGCAGCUGCAUUAUAUGCUAUGGAGAAGUUGCAUAAAAUGGAUGAAGUUGAUGAUCUUUUCAAAGCAAAGGCAUCAGCUGAUUCCGACGAUGAAGAUGUCAAAGAAGAGAAAAAGGGAGAGAAAACUGGAGCAGGGAGUGAUAAGAAAUCCUCCUCAUACAAGAAAGAGGUUUCACCACUAUUAACUGGUUGUUUUGAAUCAUCAGUUAAUGCCACUGGUUACUUUGCUUAUGCUUUUGUUAUCAAAGAAGAAACGAGGGGUUUGCUGUACUCCAAGACUCAAGGGGUUGCUAUGCUAACUAAAAAGCAGCUUCCAUAUUGGAUGAUCCCUGCCUAUUCUCUGUAUGUGAAAGACAACUCAGAGACUGAGAUAAAAUUGACAGUGACUUUAAAACCAGUCACCCAACACAUUCCUUCUCUAACUGAUGAGGAACUGAAUAUUUAUCGCUCGUUUCAUCACAAUGUAUUCACUGACAUACUCUUCAUCACUCCCGACAAUCUUGAGGCUAACUUUGACAAAGCAAUUAAAGAUUACAUCAUUGUUCCUGUUACUAUAAAUAGCUUGGAUGGGAAAACCGUAGAUGACAUUAAACUCGAUUUUGCUCAUGCAAAGAGCAUAGUUAGCUAUUAUGAAGCUGGAGAGAAGAGGAAGCCAUCAAAACCAUACACACCUUCAUCCCUCAAUAGUUGUCUUGUUACACCUGCGUAUAGGGAUUCCACCAUUCCUGGCCUCCAGGAAAUAUUUUGGGUUGAAAUGGAUGAGUCCAAGACUCCACUAUCUCCUUUUAACUAUCCAAAGUUUGCCAAUUUUGUAGAGUUUUUUAAGAGCAAGUACGACUAUGAGAUUAUCGAUAAGGACCAGCCUGCUCUAAUCUGUCGGAGGGUCAAUACAAGUUUCCUUAAGCUUUUCACAUCACGGUAUCUUAUGAGUGAACCGGCAGUUAAGAAAACUGACAUCACAAUGUUUCCUGAGCUGGUUCACGUGUUCCCUGUCUCUGUUUCUUUUUGGCGUGUCCUCAGGUGCCUCCCUGCAAUGCUCUGGCGAGUGGAGUCACUCCUAAUAGCCCACAAACUCUCCACCAGGAUAAGAAUGGAGACUGGAAUUGGUCGUGAGAACUCCGACACAUUUCUCCUAACGGAUACUAGUGUUAGGGGUUAUGCUGACUCGGGUCAUGGAGUGUUACCAUCACGCAGGCUACAAUACUUGAAUGAUUUGACACCUGAUAUUACCAAAGUGCCCUCUGACGAAGAGAUCCGUUAUUCAAACAGGGGGCCUGAUAAUUGUCUAAUAUUGCAGGCCCUCACCCCCAGGGGAGCAAACGAUUCGAUUAACCUAGAGCGUCUAGAGUUGUUAGGUGAUUCGUUUCUAAAGCUUGUUACGUCAGUUUAUCUGUACAACUUAAGACCAAACAGCCAUGAGGGGAAGCUAUCAGAAGCUAGAUCAAGACGAGUUGCUAAUAUUAAUCUGUUUGUCCUCGGUAAGAAGAAAGGUAUCACUAGCGCAAUACUAUCAGAUGAUUUUGUCAGUGGCAUUGAUAGCUUUAAGGAGAGGCUCACGUGGGUACCGCCUGGCUAUGCAGCUUUGGAAGAGUCUCACAAAGUCACUGAUAAAAGUGUUGCUGAUACAGUAGAGGCACUGAUAGGAGCGCAUACAGUGGCUGGAGGCUUAGAGGGAGGAAUAACACUUAUGAAGUGGUUUGGGAUUAAAAUCAAUGAUGGUUCUUCUACUAUUGCACCUCCUAAAUCUACCUCCAGCAAUACACGUUCACUACUCCUUGCUGAGUCUGAUUCUAUAUUUUCUAGUCAUUUUGGUUCUCCACCUGCCCCUAAGCUUGCUUUUUCAGAUAAAGCCAUAUCUACGAGAAAUCGCAUCCUCCCCCAAGUGAGCAGCAUACAAGGAAAGAUCGAAUACUCGUUUAAAAAUGAGCUCCUCCUCAUAGAGGCGAUGACACAUUCGUCCUAUCACAGGAAUGACAUCACUGGUUGUUAUCAGAGAUUAGAGUUUUUAGGCGACGCUAUUUUAGACUAUCUGGUGACAUGUCACAUAUACCAGUCAGACUCGUCUGCCGAGCCAGGAGAAAUAACAGAGCUGAGAUCAGCACUCGUUUGUAAUUCUCGUUUUGCCAAGCUCGCCAUUUCUCUUAACCUUCACAAGUCAUUGUGUCACGGCUCUCCGAAUCUCUUUAACGAUAUGAAGAAAUAUGCUCAAUCACUGAGACAAAGAGAGAAAGAAGACAUGUUUGAAGAAAUGUCAAUCAAUGAUAAUGACUCAGCUCAGGCUAUAGUUGAGAGUAUAAAAGAUGGUGAUUUUGAUGAUGAUGAUGAUGAUGAUGAUGACGAUGAUAUAGAGCCACCUAAAUCCCUCAGUGAUUGCUUUGAGGCAUUGGCUGGUGCUGUGUUCAUUGAUAGCGGAAUGAACCUACAAACUGUAUGGGAAGCCUUUUCCCCAUUUCUGGAGCCAUUGUUAAAAAAGUUCAAGAAAAAGAAUCUUCCUCCAUUGACUCCAAUCUGUGAGUUGCAUAAACUGAUCCCAAAGGAUUUGGAAGUCAAGAAAAAAGUCUUAUCAGAGGGUAGAUCACUUUGUAUUAUUGAAAUUAAAGAUAAGAAUAUCUGUGAAAUGGCUACUGCUCGCUCGUACAAGAAUGCCAAGAACUUUGCAGCUUCUAGAGUUUUAAAAAAAUUAGCUGAGAAAUAGUUAUUUUAAAAUUGCAAUACUUAUUAUUAUUAUUGUUAUU